GUGUAAUAAAUUAUAUAUUGAAAUCAUGGAAGGAAAAGCUCAAAUGGAGGAAGAUAAUGAUGACGAAAAUAAUGAUAUUAUUAAAAACACAGUUCCAUUAAUAAAAGAUUUAUUUCAUAUACAUGGAAAAGUUGGAGAAGGAACUUUCAGUUCUGUGUUCUUAGCUACUUUAAAAUUGUCUGAUGGCUCUAAAAAAUUUGCAUUAAAACAUUUGGUUCCUACUAGGCAUCCUGAAAAAAUUGAACGGGAAUUACAAUGUAUGCAACAAAUAGGAGGAAAGGAUUAUGUAGUUGGAUUAGAAUUAUGUUUACGGAGUUUUGAAACAGUAGUAUUUGUAAUGCCAUACAUGAGACAUGAUAAAUUUUCGGAAUAUGUACAAAAUAUGACUGUUCAAGAAACAAAAAAUUAUAUGAUAGCAUUACUGACUGCUUUACGAAGGGUACAUAAAUUUAAUGUUAUACAUAGAGAUGUUAAACCUAGUAAUUUUUUAUAUGAUAGAUGCAAUAAGAGAUAUUUAUUAGUGGAUUUUGGAUUAGCACAAGAAUAUAUAGCAGAAAAGAAGUCCAAUAAUCUUAAAUUAUGUAAUUCUGAAACACAAGCCGUUAAACGAAAAAAAUCAGAUGAAAAUAGUUUAAAUCUUUCUCUUAAUGCAAGGAAGAAAGGUACAGAAGAAAAAUGUUAUUGUUUUGGUAAAGCAAAGGUUUGUUCAUUAUGUAUAUCUAGAUCUGAACAAACAGCUCCAAGAGCUGGUACACCAGGUUUCCGUGCUCCUGAAGUUUUACUGAAACAUCCUUCACAAACACCUGCAAUCGAUAUUUGGGCAAGUGGAGUAAUGAUGUUAUGUAUUCUUAGUGGCACUCAACCAUUUUUUCAUUCACCAGAUGACUGUACAGCUUUAGCAGAAAUAACAACUGUAUUUGGAUCAAAUAAAAUGCAACAGUGUGCACGUAAAUUAGGGAAAAAAAUUAUCUUUAGUGAAGAUAUACCAGGGGUUGAUAUUGUAUCUUUAUGUCAAAAAUUACAAAAAAGAAAUAAGGGUUUGUUAAAUAGUAAAGAUCAUAACACAUGUGAGAAGGUAUCAUCGGACGCUCAAUUUCCAAAAGAAGCUUAUCAUCUUUUACUAAGAUUAUUGGAUUUAGACUACAAAACACGUCUUACUGCAGAUCAAGCUCUAAAUCAUUCAUUUUUAAAAUUAUAA